CGCGGCGGGCGCCGCCAAGACCGGGGAGGCGGCGCCGGGGCCGAGGCCGGGGUCCGACCUGCUGUCCCCGCUGGCGCUCGGGGGAAGCUGCCACAAACACCCGAGCCGGCCGGUGCAGCUCUACUGCCGCAUGUGCCGGCAGGCGGGGUGCGGGCAGUGCGUCUCCGAGGAGCACCAGGGCAUCUUCCACUCCGUCAACCUCAUAGACACGGUGUACCAGGAAGAAAAAUUAACCUUCUUCAGCACUCUGAAACAAAUGAGAAUAAUAAAUGAGAAGCUGAUGAAUGAGAUCUCAAAACGACCAAAUGAUACAGAUAUGAUGCUGAACAACGAUGUGGAGAUAAUUGAGCUGAAAUUUGGAGAAAUUUUCAAAACUCUAGAAAUGAAAAAACAGCAGUUACUAGAAGAUGUUGAAAAUCAAAGAGGUAAAAAAGAGAAAGAAUUUCAGAUUUGGAAGAAAAUGAAAGAAACUCACAAGAAGACCAUUGAGAAUUUUUUGAAGGAUUGUGAAAAGCUUGUCCAUGAGUGUGAUCCUCAGCGUUUCCUGGAGGUUGCCUGUGGCUUGAAUACAAGAAUGAAAACUCAGCUUGAUGUGAUGAAUAUAGCAUCCAGCUGGGAAAGACCACCAGUGUGUAUGCCAAAGAAGAUGGAUAUCAAAUCUGUGGUUAAUGAAAUCAUAGCUUUGGAGUUAACACCUGUUAAUGUAGGCAUUGUUAAAGGAUUACCAUAUGAAGGAAAUGAGAACUCAAGUCUGUUUAAAGAUAUCACAAAGCAGUGUCAGGACCAGAAGAAUAUACCAAACACAUUUCUUCCUGUGGCGGGACAGGAUGAAGCAGACGGUAGCAAGAUCGCUACUCGUUUUAUGUCGAUAUCACAAAUGUCAGCAUUUCAAAAUAUGAGUCAUGAGGAGUUACGUUACAAAUACUAUAUGGAACUUCAGAAACUCAACAAUUUGUUCAAGACACAAAAUUUACCUGCAAAUAAAAAAUAUAAAUUUUUAACUGCUGAGGCCUGGAAGGAUAAGUCCUCAGGAACUCCUCUUGUAUCUUCACCUACCAAAGCAAGUAACACAGAUAAAAUAAAAAUGGCAACCCUGCGAAGAGCAGGCCGCUUUGACAAAAGAAAUUUUCUUGGAAGCAUCCCAUCCACAAAUAUAAACUUUUCUGAAACAAAUGGUGACUUACAAUUGUUUCAUGAGGGAAAUUCCCAGGAAGUAACCACUCAAGACUCAGAGAACUCUAAAGACUUGUUAGUUAAAGAAAAGUUACAGCCAUCCUCAGUUACUGUUUUCAACGAAAUGGACACAAAUUCUAGCACUUCAUCAGGCGUAAAACCAGCAGCAACAGUAGCUGUUACUGCUGCAAGUUCAGAAUCUCUAGAUAUUUCUGCAGAGAGACUUUCUGGUGUACCUUUUACUUUCAGUGCAACUAACAAUUCAUUACCGAGAUUUAUUAAAGAUAGAGGUACAUUUUCCUUUAGAAGGCAAGACAGGAAAUGUGCUUUCCCUCAGUUUUAUCUAGGGAAAUCUGAUAAUGUGGAUAAAACUGAUAACCCGGAUAAACGUGGUCGUGAAACCAAAACCACAGUUUGUGAUUCUUCAACCAGUCCUAAUUUAGACUCAGCAGAAAGCGCAAAGCCAUACAUUUUGUUUCCCUUUGGCAAUUCAGAAAGAGAUUGGUUUGUACGAUCAGAAGUCAGUAAUUCAUUUAAGGUUUUACCACCAUCAUCGCUUUAUAACCAGUCUGAAAAGCCCUCUGACCAAAAAAUGUUAUCUUCCAUGAGAGAAAAAACACUUUGUACAAAGGAAACUGCAGAAUAUGGUACAGAGAAAGCAUCUGUCUUAUGGGAACAAGGAUCUCGUGCCUCAGAAUCCAGCACAACUGUAGCUUGCAUUACUUCAGAAACCAAUACUGCUGCUGGGGUGAAUGAUGUCUCUGAAUCACCCCUUCUCACCAAUAAUUGUGCAUUUCCCUUCAAAAGUAACGUUCCAUUAUCUUCAUCAGUAUUUUCAUUUGGAGGUAUUGUCAAAAAUACCUCCGAAUCACCGACUACUUCUGUGUUUUUUUCUGGAAACAGAACUGAAAAAAUGGAAAAGGAGAAGAGCAAAUCUCCUGACAAAACACUUGAAAAUCUAGGAAAACCUGUAUCCUCUGAGUCUGCAGAGCCUGCUUCUAGUCAUAGUCAUCCAUGUGAAGGCUCAUGCUUUCCUGUGAACUCAGCUAAAAAAGCUGAAAGUGCAGAAAUGCUUGGUGAUGAUAAUGCUUCCUGUAGUCAACCUUUAUGUUCAGUUGUGCUUCCAGCUGAAUAUGAGAAUACAUCUUCCAUUCAAAUUACUACAGCAACAAAACAAGAAAAAAAGGUAGAAACUGAAGAAACUGUUGCUGCAAACAACUGUAUGCGUCCUAGGAGGGAAGAUGAACUUGAGCCUGUACAGUUUCAGAAUGCAGUGUGUUCUGUUCCUGGCAUGUGCAAUGAUCCGUCUUUAGGAGGUUCUGUGCGUGCAGUAAAUGAGACAGGAGGAAUGCCAAGUGACAGCAAUUCUGACACUGAGGAGCUAAGUCAAACAUGUGUCUCUACUGAUACCAACCACACAUCAGAAUAUUUUUCUGUUGCAGAAGACAAAAUGUCUACUAGAAGAAAAUCAGACAUGAAGAAAGAGUGAAAUAGAAGAUAACUAUACUUAAAUAAACUAGAAAUAAAUAAAUUCUACUUAACACUUUAAAAGGUGGGGAUAUUAGUGAUUUUACAGCUGUUCUUCUCCCUGAUUCUUGCCAGUCGAGGUAUCAGCAAGUACAGUGCAACAAAGCAAUAUUUGUAGCGUAAUCACAAAGUCAGGCAACAACCAAAAAUGUCAUGUCUUGAUCAAGACAGAAGUAUGUCCAUAAAUGCUGCAUCUUCAAGGAUGCAGACCUUCUGAGAAGUGCAAUUGGGGCAUGUUUGGGUGGUGUAGAGCUGAGGUGUCCCAGAAGGCAGGUUGGGUGAAGCCUCAGCAGCAGGAUUGCUGUUUGGGUACAGCAGCACUUGCACUUGCAGUAGAGUACAGCCAAUAGCAUUCACCUCACAGGCAGGGAGGGAAGAGAGCCACAGGGAAAAUAAAGGAUGUUAAAGGCAUUGCUGAAAAUUGCGUUGUGUAUCUCACUUUGGCUGUUUCCUUUUCUGUGAUGUAUUUAAUGUAUAUUGAGGGUGGAAAUUCUAGUAUAAUUUCAAUAAUUUCUCUUGCACUUUGGAAAUUGAAGCAUCACAUCAGUGUUCUUGUUGCACAUUGCAGAAGGGUGUCAGUUACGUUUCUGAAAUGCUGCCUUUAGGAAAAGGAAACAUCACAAUUCACUUUCCGUUCCUUUUGGCAAGAGCUUGAGUAUACUUGGACAGAUAUUAAUUUGCUGUUUUGAUGAAAGCAUUAGGAGAAUCUAGCUUUUAAAACACAAAAUCUUCCUUUUAAAAUCUGUGUAACAAGAAAAAGGGAAAACAGCACUUCUUUCUUUGUAUUAAUGAUUCAAAACUCAUUGACUUUUUAGUCUGUGAAAUAUGAUAUAAAGUGAGGAUAAAAAGACCAUCUUUUCUAUUUUAUUAAGCCUUUUGUUGGAUCCAAGAUAUAAUUGUGCUUUAAUUAUUGGAAUACACAGGCAGUAGUACUAUUUCAGAGUAAAGCUCUAUUUCCUGUUCAUUCUUCACCAAAAGCUGGUGCCAGAUUUUAAAUUAAUUUUGCAUCAGAUAGAUAUGUCAACUGGCAAGUAUUAAAUCAAAAUGCAGAAUGUUUAAUACUCCUUCAGACUUUUUCAGUGGCAACUAGAAAAAUCAAUAAUCUGCACAUUAUCUCUGUAACUUUAUAAGAGAAAUACUACUUAAAUUUAAAUCUCUGCAACACUUAAUAUACUUACUGUGAAAUAGUACUUAGAAAUACUAUUGUUGUUCUAGGAAAUGUUUACCUUACUUGUGUUGAAUUCUUGGCCUCAAUUUUUCUGUGGCAGUGCAUUCCUUUAUUAAAUGUGCUGGGAAUUUCUAGUAUUUAUAAAACUUGAAUAAUAUUACCUUUCUGUCUGCAUUAUAGUAAGGAAGGUGGUAAAAAUUCUCUUAAUUGUCAGUUUUCUAGUUCUUUAUGUUCAUCUCUUAAAUAUUACUGUAUUUAGGUUUUCUCCUAAGAAUUUCUUUGCUGUUAUCUCUAGA